AUGGAUUCAAGUUUUAUGUCAGACUUCGAGACCUCUUCCCUGCACUCUCUCCCCAUCGAAUUGCUCUAUGGAGUCCUUUCCCGUCUUGAUCCAAAAGAUCUUCAAGUGACUCGACUCGUCUCGAGACGUCUGGAUACGGUGAUCUCAAUGCACGAUAAAUUCCUCGCUCGUCCUCCAUUCCACGUGACAAUCUUCGUCGAGAAUGGAGUCGCAAAGAUCUCACACAACAAAUUGGGACAUCGGACAACAAUUGUUCAGAAUUUCUCCAAUUUCGACUUCAAACAAUGGAGCCGCAUUGAGGUUUCAAAAUUGGAGAUCCGAGAUUUCGAAACUCAAGAAUUUGAUCGCAACUUAUUCGAAACUCUCUCGAAACUUCUCCAAGAACUCCGCAAAUCCCGGAAUUUCCCUCCUGGAUUGGCCCUAAAUCGACUCAAAGUAAACUCUUCUUACUCGGAAAUUUUAAAGAAGCUUUUUGAUCUUCUUCUUCCAAAAACACAGAACCUUUUGAUUGAUGACUGCAAUUUGCCAGUCUCCCUGGAAAAAUAUUUUGGAAAAGCCGAAAAUUCUCUUGUUCAUUAUCGUUGUUUGAAUUCUCGAUCUGAAAAUGAUGAAGAAAGUAACAGCUUUGUGCUGAAAAAGUUUGCGAAUGAUUUGUCGGGAGGAGAUUCGAGAAAGAAUUUCCAUUUUGAAGUCAGCGGGUCGAGUCCGUCAAUGAUUUGUGAUUUCAUUCAGGAUUGGAUAAAAGCCGAGAAUGCGGCUUUCUUCAAUAUUUUCCUUCAUGGCUGUAAUCAAGUGUGGAGGGCUGAAAUGGGAUUUGAAUUGAGAUUGAGGGGAAUGGAGGGACAUUUCAUGGAAUUUUCAUCGAAAACACAUGCAAAUGCUCACAUAAAAAUGGUUUUUGAUGAGUCAAGUAACAUGUGUCGUCUUUGGCCGAUUUUUGAUGUUCCCGCUCGUACAGCCGGUCAAUUAAUUUGUUAUGCUCGUUUUUAUAGAGAUUUC